UGGUGGGAGUGGCAGUUGAAUGGGGCAGUUGGAGAGGAGGACUUCAGGCAGGUGGGACAAGAGAAGCUGAAUCUGAGGUCCUUGGGGAGAAGGAGGCCCAGGAGUCCUGGGCAGUAGGUGCCAGGCUCUGAGCCCCAUGACUGCUGACCCUCCUCCCCUCCCUCUCAUCCUCAGCCCAGAGUGAAAGUGUCCCCAGGCCAAAACCCCAGGGCUCCAGGCUGCCAUCAGGAUGGUGGGUGAAGGACCCUACCUUAUCUCAGAUCUGGACCAGCGAGGCCGGCGGAGAUCCUUUGCAGACAGAUAUGACCCCAGCCUGAAGACCAUGAUCCCAGUGCGACCCUGUGCAAGGUUGGCACCCAACCCGGUGGAUGAUGCGGGGCUGCUCUCCUUCGCCACAUUUUCCUGGCUCACACCGGUGAUGGUGAAAGGCUACCGGCAAAGGCUGACCGUGGACACCCUGCCCCCAUUGUCGCCAUAUGACUCAUCCGACACCAAUGCGAAAAGAUUUCGAGUCCUUUGGGAUGAAGAGGUAGAAAGGGUGGGUCCUGAGAAGGCCUCUCUGAGCCGCGUGGUCUGGAAAUUCCAGAGGACGCGCGUGUUGAUGGACAUCGUGGCCAACAUACUGUGCAUCAUCAUGGCAGCCAUAGGGCCGACAGUUCUCAUUCACCAAAUCCUCCAGCAGACCGAGAGCACCUCUGGGAAUGUCUGGGUUGGCAUCGGCCUUUGCAUAGCCCUUUUUGUCACCGAGUUUACCAAAGUCUUCUUCUGGGCCCUUGCCUGGGCCAUCAACUACCGCACGGCCAUCCGGUUGAAGGUGGCGCUCUCCACCUUGGUUUUUGAAAACCUGCUGUCCUUCAAGACAUUGACGCACAUCUCUGUUGGCGAGGUGCUCAAUAUACUGUCAAGUGAUAGCUAUUCCUUGUUUGAAGCUGCCUUGUUUUGUCCCUUGCCAGCCACCAUCCCGAUCCUAAUGGUCUUUUGUGCGACAUACGCCUUUUUCAUUCUGGGGCCCACAGCUCUCAUCGGGAUAUCGGUGUAUGUCAUAUUCAUCCCCGUCCAGAUGUUUAUGGCCAAGCUCAAUUCAGCUUUCCGAGGGUCAGCCAUUUUGGUGACAGACAAGCGAGUUCAGACAAUGAAUGAGUUUCUGACCUGCAUCAAGCUGAUCAAAAUGUAUGCCUGGGAGAAAUCUUUUACCAACACUAUCCAAGAUAUAAGAAGGAGGGAAAGAAAAUUACUGGAAAAAGCUGGAUUUGUCCAAAGUGGAAACUCUGCCCUGGCCCCCAUUGUGUCCACCAUAGCCAUCGUGCUGACAUUCUCCUGCCACAUCCUCCUGAGACGCAAACUCACUGCACCCGUGGCAUUUAGUGUGAUUGCCAUGUUUAAUGUAAUGAAGUUUUCCAUUGCAAUCUUGCCCUUCUCCAUCAAAGCAAUGGCUGAAGCGAAUGUCUCUCUAAGGAGAAUGAAGAAAAUUCUCAUAGAUAAAAGCCCCCCAUCUUACAUCACCCAACCAGAAGACCCAGAUACUGUCUUGCUUUUAGCAAAUGCCACCUUGACAUGGGAGCAUGAAGCCAGCAGGAAAAGUGACCCAAAGAAAGUGCAGAACCAGAAAAGGCAUUUAUUCAAGAAACAGAGGUCAGAGGCAUACAGUGAGUGGAGUCCACCAGCCAAGGGAGCCACUGGCCCAGAGGAGCAAAGUGGCAGCCUCAAAUCGGUUCUGCACAGCAUAAGCUUUGUGGUGAGAAAGGGGAAGAUCUUGGGAAUAUGUGGGAAUGUGGGAAGUGGAAAGAGCUCCCUCCUUGCAGCUCUCCUAGGACAGAUGCAGCUGCAGAAAGGGGUGGUGGCGGUCAAUGGAACUUUGGCCUACGUUUCACAGCAGGCUUGGAUCUUUCAUGGAAAUGUGAGAGAAAACAUACUCUUUGGAGAAAAGUAUGAUCACCAAAGGUAUCAGCACACAGUCCGCGUCUGUGGCCUGCAGAAGGACCUGAGCAACCUCCCCUAUGGAGACCUGACUGAGAUUGGGGAGCGGGGCCUCAACCUCUCCGGGGGGCAGAGGCAGAGGAUCAGCCUGGCCCGCGCCGUCUACUCUGACCGUCAACUCUACCUGCUGGACGACCCCCUGUCGGCCGUGGACGCCCAUGUGGGGAAGCACGUCUUUGAGGAGUGCAUUAAGAAGACGCUCAGGGGGAAGACAGUCGUCCUGGUGACCCACCAGCUACAGUUCUUAGAGUCUUGUGAUGAAGUUAUUUUAUUAGAAGAUGGAGAGAUUUGUGAAAAGGGAACCCACAAGGAGCUAAUGGAGGAGAGAGGGCACUAUGCAAAACUGAUUCACAACCUGCGAGGAUUGCAGUUCAAGGAUCCUGAACACCUUUACAAUGCAGCAAUGGUGGAAGCCUUCAAGGAGAGCCCCGCUGAGAGGCAGGAAGAUGCUGUUUUGGCUCCAGGAAAUGAGAAAGAUGAAGGAAAAGAAUCCGAAACAGGCUCAGAAUUUGUAGACACAAAAGUUCCUGAGCACCAGCUCAUCCAGACUGAGUCCCCCCAGGAAGGAACCGUGACCUGGAAAACAUAUCACACGUACAUUAAGGCUUCUGGAGGGUACCUCCUUUCUCUCUUCACUGUGUUCCUCUUCCUCCUGAUGAUUGGCAGCUCUGCCUUCAGCAACUGGUGGCUGGGUCUCUGGUUGGACAAGGGCUCACGGAUGACCUGUGGGCCCCAGGGCAACAGGACCACGUGUGAGGUCGGCGCGGUGCUGGCAGACAUCGGUCAACAUGUGUACCAGUGGGUGUACGCUGCAAGCAUGGUGUCCGUGCUGGUGUUUGGUGUCACCAAAGGCUUCGUCUUCACCAAGACCACACUGAUGGCAUCCUCCUGUCUGCAUGACAUGGUGUUUAAUAAGAUCUUAAAGAGCCCAAUGAGCUUCUUUGACACGACUCCCACUGGCAGGCUAAUGAACCGUUUUUCCAAGGAUAUGGAUGAGCUGGAUGUGAGGCUGCCGUUUCACGCAGAGAACUUUCUGCAGCAGUUCUUUAUGGUGGUAUUUAUUCUCGUGAUCUUGGCUGCUGUGUUUCCUGCUGUCCUUUUAGUCGUGGCCGGCCUUGCUGUAGGCUUCUUCAUUCUCUUACGUAUUUUCCACAGAGGAGUCCAGGAGCUCAAGAAGGUGGAGAAUGUCAGCCGGUCACCCUGGUUCUCCCACAUCACCUCUUCCAUGCAGGGCCUGGGCAUCAUUCAUGCCUAUGGCAAGAAGGAGAACUGCGUCACCCAGUUUAAGAUGCUAAACGACGAAAACUCCAGUCACCUCCUCUACUUUAACUGUGCUCUCAGGUGGUUUGCGCUGAGAAUGGAUGUCCUCAUGAACAUCCUUACCUUCAUUGUGGCCUUGUUGGUGACCCUGAGUUUCUCCUCCAUCAGCACUUCAUCCAAAGGCCUGUCAUUGUCAUACAUCAUCCAGCUGAGCGGACUGCUCCAAGUGUGUGUGCGAACGGGAACAGAGACCCAAGCCAAAUUCACCUCCGUGGAGCUGCUCAGGGAAUACAUUUUGACCUGUGUUCCUGAAUGCACUCAUCCCCUCAAAGUGGGGACCUGUCCCAAAGACUGGCCCAGCCAUGGGGAGAUCACCUUCAGAGACUAUCAGAUGAGAUACAGAGACAACACCCCCCUUGUUCUCGACAGCCUGAACCUGAACAUACAAAGUGGGCAGACAGUCGGGAUUGUUGGAAGAACAGGUUCCGGAAAGUCAUCGUUAGGAAUGGCCUUGUUUCGUCUGGUGGAGCCAGCCAAUGGCACAAUCUUUAUUGAUGAGGUGGAUAUCUGCACUCUCAGCUUGGAAGACCUCAGAACCAAGCUGACCGUGAUCCCACAGGAUCCUGUCCUGUUUGUAGGUACAGUAAGGUACAACUUGGAUCCCUUUGAGAGUCACACCGACGAGAUGCUCUGGCAGGUUCUGGAGAGAACGUUCAUGAGGGACACAAUAAUGAAACUCCCAGAAAAAUUACAGGCAGAAGUCACAGAAAAUGGAGAAAACUUCUCAGUAGGGGAACGUCAGCUGCUUUGUGUGGCCCGAGCUCUUCUCCGUAAUUCAAAGAUCAUUCUCCUUGAUGAAGCCACCGCCUCUAUGGACUCCAAGACUGACACCCUGGUCCAGAACACCAUCAAAGAUGCCUUCAAAGGCUGCACUGUGCUGACCAUCGCCCACCGCCUCAACACAGUUCUCAACUGCGAUCACGUCCUGGUUAUGGAAAAUGGGAAGGUGAUUGAGUUUGACAAGCCUGAAGUCCUUGCAGAGAAGCCAGAUUCUGCCUUUGCGAUGUUACUAGCAGCAGAAGUCAGAUUGUAGAGGUCCUGGCGGCUGAUUCUAGAGGAGGAAGAGGCUCUGUGAGAUGAGUAGGAGGGGUCUUCAGGAGGGGGAGCUGUCCUCUCUGCAAGUAGCCCUGGUCUCCAGCCCCUCCCAUCCAUGAGUGGGCUGGCGCUGAAGUUGUCCCCCGUGUCAUACUCAGUCCAUGUCACCCCACUUGGUGGGCUUGGGGUUGGUUCUGGGUGGUGAACCUAGGCAGACAAAGCUAAUGGACUAAAAAACUGCCCUUCACCUCCCAAAACCCCAAGGGUUCCUCAUGUGUUUUCACCAAAACCACCCCACUGCCUAAGAAUGAAUAUAUUGUAACUUUCAGUUAGAAACCAGCCACAAUAAAGAAAAUGGGAAAAUGUCUUAGGAUGGAGUUUGCAAGGUUUCCUUGCCCGUUAUCAGAAGGAAAAAGAGCAGAAUUUUCUUCUCGUUUAGCCCCACUCACUUCCAUCUUGACUGGAUGACAAGCAGUAACUACACAGAUCUGUAGCAUGAAAGAUUGAAUACAGUGUUUGGCCAAAAAAAUUGUUUUUUAAAUCAUAUUAUAUGUUUCAAUUGAUCUAUUAGAAUAACCAAGAAAACAAAAUGCUGGAGUUUCUCUAUAAAUGACACUUUUGUAUCUUCUUUAUUGGUCAUUAAAACGCAGUAGGAAAUUACCCUGAAA